CACCACAGACCAUCCACCAUACACUGCACUCCACUUUCUCUAUUGACUAUUGUUUUGGAAUUUGCAUUUUACAUUAUUAAUCUCAUGUGAAAUCUGGCAAAAAUUAAUAUUAUUUUAAUCUUAUCUCAAUAAUGUGCGCUUGAUCGUUCAUGAAAUCGUCGUCAACAGAAUAUCAUCAUCAUAUCUUAGUGUAAUGCCUGUCAAUUCACUAAAGCGUAACAGUGGCUGGGGAUAUAAUUUAUUGUAAUUCUUUUCCGCUUUAAAUGUAAUUCGGUGCUUACAAUGGAGGAUUAUAAGUUUCUGUUCAAAGUUGUGUUGGUCGGGAACGCGGGCGUCGGGAAGACGUGUCUCGUGAGGAGGUUCACGCAAGGCCUGUUCCCGCCCGGCCAGGGGGCCACGAUCGGCGUCGACUUCAUGAUCAAGACCGUGGAGGUAGAUGGAGAGAAAGUGAAGUUGCAAAUAUGGGACACGGCGGGCCAGGAAAGGUUCAGAUCUAUAACUCAGAGCUACUACAGAUCGGCACACGCUCUUAUCCUAGUGUACGACAUAUCUUGCCAGCCGACGUUCGACUGCUUGCCUGAUUGGUUGCGAGAAAUAGAGGAGUAUGCUAAUAAUAAGGUUUUAAGAAUAUUAGUGGGUAAUAAAACGGACAGAGAAGACAGGGAGAUCCCCCGACACAUAGGCGAGGACUUUGCACAGAGGCAUGGGAUGUACUUUUUGGAGACUUCGGCAAAGGAAGCUGAGAAUGUUGAACGACUGUUUAUGGAGAUAGCUGUAGAAUUAAUGGAGCAAGCAAAAUGCAAGGAGCUGCCCAAGUAUGACGGAAGCCUGGGCCCCAUCAAUGGCAAGUCUUCAUCCGUGGGCGACAGCUCUUGCUGUCUCCGCUCCUAGACGUUACGAAUUUAUCUCAACAUGGCGUAGGUACUGGUUCUGUCGUACAGCUGACCUAAAACAACUAAGUUUAGUCAACGUUUUACACUAAAUUCUACCUUCAUUAGUUACACACUAAACUUAUUUGCACACAUGUAGUAUAGCAGGCGUUAUUUUGCGGAAGUCCAUGAUAUACAAGGAACCAAAAGCUUAAUUUGCUAUAAUCCGCGAAACCAAACAAAUCUGUUUGAUACAACAUGCACCGCCCGCCCUCCCACUGAUAAACAUGUAGGAAAAGCCAGCCACCAAGCAAGGCGGUGCAUGUUGCAGCAUACAGAUUAGUUUAGCGGAUUAUAGAAAAUUAAGCUUUUGGUUCCUUGUUUAUUUGAAUACUUUAGUGGAAAAUGGUUGUAUAUAUUUGCUGGUUAUCUGUUGUGUUAAAAUAUCAGAUGGUAGUGUGACAGUUGCGCCGAUUCUGUUGUCUUUCUUCUACAAUAAACUUGAGUAUCUGCAUCUUUUCU